AUGGCACCCAAGAAGCCAAACCCCAUGGAAGAACUACCAGCUUCCUCCCCCGAAGGUGAAGAGAUUUCUUCUGAUGAAGUUACUUCCUCUGAUGACGAACAAACUGAAGAACCCACAAAACCUUCUUCUUCUCCUCAACAAACCCAGAAACCAACCCACUCUGUAGCUUCUGCCCCUAUAUCCAAAUCCUCUAGCUCCGAAGAAGAUUCCGAAUCUGAGUGCGACUCCGAAUCAACUCCUAAGCCUAUUGCCACCAAACCCAUGGAAGCCACCACUUCAAAACCAAGGUCGAAAGCUCCGGCAAAACGCCCCAAUGAGACGCUCAAGAAGCCAAACCCCAUGGAAGAACUACCAGCUUCCUCCCCCGAAGACGAAGAGAUUUCUUCUGAUGUAGUUACUUCCUCUGAUGACGAACAAACUGAAGAACCCACAAAUCCACCUUCUCCUCCUCCUCAACAAACCCAGAAACCAACCCACUCUGUAGCUUCUGCCCCUAUAUCCAAAUCCUCUUGCUCCGAAAAAGAUUCCGAAUCCGACUCCGACUCCGAAUCCGAAUCAACUCCUAAGCCUAUUGCCACCAAACCCAUGGAAGCCACCACUUCAAAACCAAGGUCGAAAGCUCCGGCAAAACGCCACAAUGAGACGUUGGAGUCUCUAAAGGACUCGAAACGGGCGAAGAAGAAGGAAAUGGGUGCGGAUCCGGAUGAGGAGGAUCAGAAGAAGCCGGGAGAGGAUACGAAGAAACUGCAGCCUUUUCAAAGGGUAUGGAGCGACGAGGAUGAAAUUGCUGUAUUGAAGGGGUUGAUUGACUUCACCACAAAAAAAGGGAUGGACCCGUAUCAAGAUACGAAUGCGUUUCAUGAUUUUAUCAAGAAGUCGCUUCACGUGGAAUUUACUAGAAUUCAAGUGAAGGAAAAGAUUAGGAGAUUGAAGAAGAAGUAUGAGAACAAUCUUGGGAAGAAAGGUGAAGAUACGACUUUCUCGAAACUCCAUGAACAAGAAGCUUAUGAUUUGUCGAGAAAGCUAUGGGGCAAUGGAAGUACUAGUAGUGUCUUUGAAUCUGUGGCAAAGUCUAACAACAAAGCAAAAAAGAAUCAAAACCAGAAAGGGAGUAGUGAGUCCUUAGCUUUUUGCAAAGCUGAUUUGAAUGAUGGAGCUAAAGGGACGAAGAUGGAUAUUGAUAAUGAUAAGAAAGGGAGCCUGCAUUUGUUUGAUACUGGUUUGGAGGAGUUUGUAAUCAACCAGGGUUUAGAUAUGAUUGGAGGAGCCAAAAAAGCGGAAUUGGAGGAAAGGUGGAAGAAGUUGCAGAUUGCUCAGUUGCAGUUGUUUGUGGAGCGGACUGAUCUGAUUAAGGAGCAGACUGAGUUGGUUUUUCGGGCCAUGAAAUCAUUCGGUCACUAG